UUGUAUUGAACACACAAUAUCAAUAUAUCAUAUUUUCUCCCAUGCCUUCUCACAGUUACAAUUUGCUAUUUCAUUGUAUUGCAGAUGAUUUGUGCCGUGCAUAAACACAUUUUGACAGGAGGACCAAAGAGGCUUCCUUGUACCAUCCCUCCCCUUAUUUUUAACUCUCUUAAGUUUGUUAGGCAACUGCAUAGUCAUGAUGAAAAUGCUCCUGAGGAUGAGGCAUCUGCUAUGCCUGAGAAAUUUUUUCAGAUUCUCAAUCAGAUUAUUGAGGCUCUCUCAAUUGUUCCAGUACCGGAACUAGCGUUGAAGUUGUACUUGGAGUGUGCUGAGGCUGCUAAUGACUCUGGCCUAGAGCCUGUUGCCUAUGAAUUUUUCACUCAAGCUUAUAUGCUAUAUGAAGAAGAAAUCUCGGACUCCAAAGCACAGGUGACUGCAAUACACUUGAUAAUAGGGACUCUUCAGAGAAUGCACAUCUUUGGUGUUGAGAACAGGGAUACAUUAACGCACAAGGCCACGGGGUACUCUGCAAAGCUCCUUAAGAAGCCUGAUCAAUGUAGGGCUGUAUAUGCUUGUUCACAUCUUUUCUGGGUUGACGAUCAGGACAAUAUCAAGGAUGGAGAAAGGGUUUUGCUUUGCUUAAAGCGGGCCUUAAGGAUUGCAAAUGCUGCUCAACAAAUGUCCACUGCAACCCGAGGAAGCAGUGGAUCGGUCUUGCUCUUUAUAGAAAUUCUAAACAAGUAUCUAUAUUUCUUUGAGAAAGGGGUCUCGCAGAUUAAUGUUGCCUCCAUCCAGAGCCUGAUUGAACUAAUCACAACUGAAAUGCAAAGCGAAAAUACAACAGCAGAUCCUGCAGCAGAUACCUACUUUGCAAGCACCCUGCGAUAUAUCCAGUUCCAGAAGGAUAAAGGUGGUGCAGUUGGUGAGAAAUUCGAGCCCAUCAGGCACCAAGUCAUAAUCAAAUAGACAUUCUCCCAAGGAUUUUGAAUUUUUGGUGUCAGAGAAAGCAACACAUUUUUGUUCAAGUACAAAAUUGAUUCAUUUUCAACUUGCUCUAGAGAAAAAUGUAUUCGAAACCGGGCUAGCAGAAGCAGCUGCAGAGACGUGUAUAUCCUGAUCACGCCUUCACGGCAUAUCCUAAUAAAGAUUGUGAGUGAUUGUUGUAAUAAUUUGCUCUCCAGUUAUGACUUUGAGCGCUUGCCACCGGUAAUUGUUUUAGAUUUUUUUGGAGGUUUUAGACUUUUCUUUUGAGGUGGAGAAAGGUGGGGAGAUAGUUCGUGAAUAUCUAGUUCAAAUAUGUGAUUAUGAUAAGCACUGGAAUAAUUUGUCCUGUAUUUUUGUAUAACAUGCCCUAUCCCAUUUGAAUUUGCCUAAACAUUUCUCAAAUUA